CACAAUGUCACUGCCAUGGUUGGAGCUGGCAUGCUCGGUCUCCCGUACGCAAUGGCCGAGCUUGGAUGGGGUCCCGGUGCGGCGGUGCUGGUCUUGUCCUGGAUCAUCACCCUCUACACCAUGUGGCAAAUGGUCGAGAUGCAUGAGAUGGUUCCUGAAAAGCGUUUUGAUAAGUACCACGAGAUGGCCCAGUACGCGUUUGGCCAAAAACUCGGUCUCUACUUUGUGGUUCCUCAGCAGCUGAUUGUCGAAGUUGGAGUCGGCAUCAUCUACAUGGUGACCGGAGGCAAAUCCCUGCAAAUGUUCCACGAUACGGUUUGCUCGAGUUGUAAGAAGAUCAAAACGAGUUACUUCAUCAUGAUAUUCGCUUCUGUUCACUUUGUUCUCUCCCACCUUCCCAACUUCAACUCCAUUGCCGGCAUCUCCUUGGAUGCUGCCGUUGUUUCUUUGAGCUACUACACUAUUGCUUGGACAGCUUCACUCCACAGGGGUGUUCAGCCCAAUGUACAGUACGGGUACAGAGAAAAGUCGACAGCGGGAACGGUAUUCAACUUCUUCAGUGCAUUGGGCGACGUCGCUUUUGCCUAUGGCGGACACCAUGUCGUGUUAGAGAUCCAAGCGACAAUCCCGUCCAUGCCAGAGAAGCCAUCCAAGGGCCCGAUGUGGAGAGGAGUCGUCAUUGCAUACAUUAUUGUGGCUCUCUGCUACUUCCCAGUCGCCUUAAUUGGGUACUGGAUAUUUGGGAACUCGGUCGAUAACAACAUCCUCAUCUCGUUGGAAAAACCCGCUUGGCUCAUUGCUCUCGCCAAUAUGUUUGUGGUUGUCCAUGUGAUCGGAAGCUAUCAGAUUUCUGCAUUGCCCAUGUUUGAUAUGAUAGAAACUGUACUGGUGGAGAAAUUGCACUUUAAGUGCACUCGAACACUCAGAUUUAUAGCGCGCAAUAUCUACGUUGCGUUCACGGUUUUCGUCGCGAGUACUUUCCCAUUCUUCGAUGGUCUUCUUUCGUUCUUUGGAGGAUUCGCUUUUGCCGCUACCACAUACUUUCUUCCCUGCAUGAUGUGGCUUGCGAUUAAGAAGCCGAGGAGGUUCGGCCUGUCCUGGUGGACAAACUGGAUAUGCAUUGUGAUUGGACUACUCUUGAUGGUCAUAGCGCCCAUGGGAGCAUUGAGGCAGAUCAUAAUCCAGGCGAAGACCUACCAAUUCUACUCUUAG